AUGCCAACCACCACACGGCGCCGCUCAGGCAACCAUCAACAGUCCACCCUCUCCUUCGGCGGCCAACAUAAAGUCUCCAAACCAACCUCAACCUCUUCCCUCGCCGGUAAAAAGGGACUGAAAGCCGAUGUCAGCUCCCCAGUCGCUGAGGUCCGUCAGCGGAGUGUGUCGGGUUCAGCCUCGCCAGCACCCACAGCCUCACCAGCGACGACAGUGGUUACACACCCUGCUGAGAUCGAGCCGGAGCAAAGGCCUGUUGCUGCGUCGUCGAAGAGCGAGAAUGUGAUCGCGGAACAGGCGAGGGUUGAGCUGCGGCAACCCAAGUCUGAGGAGGAUGUGAGGGCUGAGGCAUUGACGGAGAUGGACAUUAGGCAGUAUUGGCAGAGGGAGGAGGAAGGAAGAAUUGCUGCCAGGGUGCACCAGCAACAUUUGACGGUGGAUGAGAAGAUACUACGACAUUUCGACCUGUCGAAUCAAUAUGGGCCAUGUAUCGGGAUUGCACGAAUAAAGCGCUGGAGACGAGCACACAUGCUUAACCUUAAUCCUCCCAUUGAGGUCCUUGCUGUGCUGUUGAAAGAUGAAGCAAAGGGCAUUGCAAACGAGAAGGCAUAUAUGGACGAGUUGUUGUAA